AUGGAGGAUGACAACCGGACGGAGCCGUGGCACCGGAGCCUCCAAGCGAUGCUGGAUGCCUUGAACCAGACGCUGCACGGGGCCAUCUGCGCCCCGCCGCCCCGCGCGACGACAGCGCCCGCGCCGGCCGGGACUGACAACGCCUACAUGUACAUCCUCUUCGUCAUGACGCUCUUCGCCGCCACCGUGGGCAGCCUCAUCCUGGGCUACACCCGCUCCCGCAAGGUGGACAAGCGCAGCGACCCGUACCACGUCUACAUCAAGAACAGGGUCUCCAUGAUCUGAGCCUGGCCCCGACGCCGCCUGCAAAGCCCCGCGGUGCCCAAGGGGUGCUGAGCCCCCCGGUGCGGGGCAGGAGCUGGGCUCCUUGUGCCUGGCACGACCCACAGGCAGGUCCCGGUGCCGCAGAGCCAUCCCGGCUGGGGACAUGGGGACACGGGGAGGGCAGAGGCAGCUCCUUUCCCACCAUUCCCAUGCCCUGCUGAGUUUGGCAGGGGCUGUGAAGAAGGAAAAUUUGCCGCUUCCCUGCUCGGACCAGCCAGCAUCGCCCUCCAAAGCGUGCCGUGGGGUGCCAGGAGCUUAGUGACGUGGGCUCGUGGGUUUUCCUGGUGCUAAAAGCUGUCAUUUUAGAACGGCGUUGGGCCACCCUUUGCUGGCGGGGAAUUAAAGGAGAUGCUGGUUCCC